CAGAGGGCCUGGCCUGACCUCUCUGUCCUCUGGGGAUGCUGGGGCAAGCUGUCACCCUCACAUUGCUCCUGCUCCUCAAGGUGCCUCAGGGCCAAGAAUGCCCAGGUUCAACCAACCGUGUGGUUGGCCUCUCAGGAGUGUCUCUCCAGCUAUGGCCCAAUACCACACAGACAAAGACGGACUCUGUUGAGUGGAGGAUGCAACUGACCUCACAUUCAACAUAUCAGAAGAUACUGAAGUGGGAGAAUGGGUCCAAUUUGAAUUAUGAAUCUUCGACUUUGAAUAAUAUCAACAAUAAAUACAGCUUUAUAAUCGAGAACUUGACUCUUCUAAUCAACGCAGCUCAGCAGCAGGAUAGUGGCCUCUACUGCCUGGAGGUCACCAAUAAGUCUGGAAAAGUCUGGAGAGUCCAGUUCGAGGUUCUUGUAUUUGAUGAAGUUGAGAAACCCCUCCUGCUGGGGCAGGGGAAGGUCCUGGAUGGAGGGAGGUGCCAAGUGUCUCUGUCCUGCUUGGUCUCCAGGGAUAGCAAUGUGAGCUAUGCUUUGUACAGAGGGAGCGAGCUGAUUCGGAUGACAAGGAACCUUACCUACCUGGAAAUUGAUUCUAAUGGCACAUACAUAUUCACCUGCAAUGUCAGCAACCCUGUCAGCUGGAAAAUCCACACCCUCAACCUCACUCAGGGCUGUCAGGAAUUCAGAUUUUGGCCCGUUUUGGUGACCAUUGUGACUCUAAUCAUACUGCUCCUUGUUGGCACCCUGGCCUGCUUCUGUGUGUGGAAGAGGAAGAGGAAGCAGCCACAGACCAGCCCUGAGGAAUUUCUGACAAUUUAUGAAGAUGUCAAGGACCCGCGCACUCAGAGAAAUCAAGGACAGAAGCCAAAGCAGAAUUCUCCUGGAGAAGGGAGCACCAUCUACUCUACGGUCCAGUCCCAGUCUUCUGCUUCCACAUCACAAGAAAUUGCAAAUACGUUAUAUUCGUUAAUACAGCCUUCCAGGAAGUCUGGAUCCAAGAAGAGAAAUCAUAGCCCAUCCUUCAGUAGCACUGUCUAUGAAGAGGUUGGAAAGAGACAACCCAAAGCCCAGGACCCCGCUCAAUUGAGCCGCAAGGAGCUGGAGAGCUUUAGUGUUUAUUCCUAGUUGCUGCGGCUGUUCUCGCCUCUCUUUCACGAUAGCGUCUGCUUUGGGAAUCAGCAUGAUGGAUGAUGUCACAUGAGUCUCUAUAGGACACAUUCUAUUCUGGAGAGG